GCCACGCCACCACCGAGCCGAGGCCGCGGCCGGAGAGAGCAAGCACCCGCACCCGCACACGCCAGCAGCAGGCAGCAGCCAACGAGACCAAGGCAGCCAAGCAGAACGAAGACCGGAAGCACAUCGCGCAGCUAGAAGCCUAGAAGCCAGCUACCAGCAGCAAGCACGCACGCGGCCUCGAGCAACAAGCUCCGUCAGCAGCAGCAGCAGCAGCGAGAGCAGCGGGUCGGCAGCCGGGAGCCCCGCCCCCGUCGCGACCAGCAAGCAAGCAGCAGCGCUCCCGUCACUCCCACCGAUCGCUCCUCCCCUCGUCGUCCUGCUCCAGCAGCAGCAGCAGCGAGUUAGUUCUCCUGUUGGUUUAUUUGUCUACUGGGGCAUAUUGGAUUGAGGAGCAGCAAAAAUUGAAGAACCCAAGAAUUACUUUGAACUUAAAUUUAUGUCCUGAUUGUAUGGAAUCCUAUUUCUGAGAGAUGCCAUCAUCGACACCACCGCCGCCACAAAAUUUGCUCCCACUACCAUCACCGGUGGUUGGGCAGAGCACUCGUAUUAAUCUCGGGGAAAUCAAACUAAAACUAGUUAAGAGGAUUGGCCCAGAGCAGACAAAGAAGUACUUUGAGCACUUGCAGAGGUUUUUGUCUUCGAAGCUGAGCAAGACUGUGUUUGACAAGCUCUGCCUCACAAUACUUGGUCAUGAAAAUGUUCGGCUUCAUAACCACCUCAUUCGCUCUAUUCUCCACAAUGCCUGCCAAGCAAGCGGGCCACCAACAGCCAGUGCACCUAAAUCAAUUGGAGUUGCCAAGAAUUCAAAUCAUGUCUUAGUUCCACCAGUUCUGGUCUCUGACAAUGGUGAUGUUCCACGGCGACAUGUGAAGGCCCACUAUCCACAAGGCAGAAAUGCAGAUGCUGUCCAGGAGAAUGGUGUUGUGCAUUUGACCAAACUGGAGAGAUUUUCGCAGUCUCAACAAAUUGACCUUGUGGAACCACUGUCCAAAAGACUACGCGUUGAAAAUGCAUAUUCAAAAUUAUCUGACCCCCCAAAUAGCAACUGUUCUGAUGUUGUUGGCAGAGAAAAUAUGGAAGCGAUUGCACAGAAUGCUCUAGAUCCAAUAACUGCCCCACUAGGGAUUGCCUUCUGCUCUGGUCAUUUUGGUGGGAGUUGGAAAACUUUGACAUUUUCCUCUAGCGCUGGCGGUGAUAACUCUUUUUGCUGUUAUGACCUUGGGCAGCUGUGUGACACUUCAUCACUGAAACAGCGGAUGGGGAGAAUAGCAGAAACAGAAGGGUUGGAUGGUGUUUCAUUAGAUUGUGCUAAUUUAUUGAAUUAUGGAACCGAUUUAUUCUUGAAACGUCUUAUUGGAUCUUGUAUUCAACUAGUUAGAGCAAGAUCUCAGCAUGAUCGAAUAAAUCAGAUGGCACUAAAGCAACAGUUAAGUCGAAAGCUUAUAAAUGGUGCACAGCUGCAAAAUCAGGUGCAUGGUCGAAGUGCCAAUACAUGCCCACAAAUCAGCUCAAUUUCAUUGCAAGACUUCAAGGCUCAAUCAGAGCUAAAUCCUCAGCUGCUUGGAGUCAACUCAUCACUGCUACUUGAAAAAAUGAAUUCAUAUGAUUAAUCAGUUAGGAUCCAAAUGAAUUAAUCUUUCUACAGAGAUUAAUCUUUGCCAAGCAGGCAAGAGGAUUGCAAGCUUGAAAUUCUAUCUGGGUCACAUGCACCGACAGCCAAAUGGUAUGCGGAUGUCUGCAUAUUUUCUCAUGCAACAAGAGGCCUGAACCAAUGCCCCCUGUUUCUGGUGUGAAUUGUAGCACACUCAGAAAAUGCAUCGAGCUGAGGUUGGAGUUCCGUGCACCAUGGUGAUGAAGUCUCAGCCUCGCCAGCUAGCGUGCUUCUCCACAACUUUUCUGGUCACAGCAAUGUCCUGACUUGCUUCCUGGCAUAUCUGCAGCUGAGGUGUUUUUACCUGUUUUAUCUCUCUUGCACUGCAUCAAAUCCAAGCCUGCCUCCAUAACUUACUGCAGCUGAAUGUUGCUUCCUGUUUCAUCUCCACUACUCCAAAGGAUGUUUUGACAUUCUUUGUCUUGGAUGUAGCAGACACCAAAUCUUCUCAGCUUGGUGUUUCGUAUGAUGUCUGGUGUACAUUUUCAUAAUUUGUUGAUGGGCAGUGGAAGGUGCUAAUGAACGUUGUACAGUAUCCUGCUUCUGGUGAACUCCACAGCUCACUAUUAAGACUGCUCCAUCAAAAUAAGUGAAGAUUUCAUAGCUUCUAAGACUGUUGAUUAUACAAAGACAUCAAUGUUGUGCUCUUAUGCACCAAGGCAAGAUUGCACAUACAACAAUGGUGGUGCAGGGCGCAAAACAGAUUUAGAACAGAGCCUUCCAACAUAAAGAGAAAUGAUCUAGGAUGGCUUGCUAUUCACACCCACAGAUUGCAGAUCAACAGGGUCAGGGAGCUGUUCUUGCAAGUGCUCUUCUAUGGAAGAGAACCAGGAGCACAAGUCGAAGACACAGCUUGAGUUUUUCCAGCUCCAAGAGGUCCCGCCGUUGAUUUCUGAGUUUUCAGCUUCAUGGAAGAUGUUGCCAUCUUCUCGAUACCAGGCCUUGUAGAGAGGUUACCCUUCUGCACGGUUGAUGCUGAUUUUGCUGUCCUGGUCAUAUCCUUAGAUGAGGCGUUUGGUGUUGCAAGGGCUGCAGGCCACACAGAUGUGGCACCAGGCUUUUCUACUUUUCUUAUUGUGUUGGCUUGCUUUGCACUGGCCAGGGAAGAAGCGGAGUGGGGUGUCUUUCCAUGGGUGGAAGAAGAGCCUGAGCCAGAUGUGGACCGGGAUGAGGUGGUGCGAGCACUGACUGACGAUGAGGGUCGACAGGUGUUGGAUGAGCUUGAGGCAAGGGAUGGGGAUAAUCUGCGAUCAGGAGAAGUUGGGACGGACCUUGCACGCCUCAUCCCUUGGUCAGACUCACUGGAUUUGAGCCCUGUGGACAUAUUCCGGACGCCCUGGAUGACCCUAGCAUUUGGUUGAGGCUCCCUCCUUGAUGUUGCCAUUGCAUACAAGCUAUUCUGCAAACAAUUAAAAAAUGCAAAAAAUUAAUUAUGUUGUCUGCCUCUGGGUUAUGAACUGCAACCAUUUUGAUGCCAUCACUGGAAAAGCUUCAUUUAGGAGAGCAGGCAAAUAAAUGUGGAAAAUCAACGGCAAGGCACAAAGCGAAUGGAUAGAAAGGAAAUGGCAUGGUUCAAGAACAUUCGGCAACCAGGGGGAUCUCAAUUACGCUGCCAUUCAGCCAAGAAAGAGGCCAGGAAAAUGUACCUGGGCUGAUCUUGGAGCUGCUCACAAGAAUCCUGAAUGCUGAUCAAUAUCUGCAAUUAAAGGUCACCAAUUCAUGCUGAAGAGAACAGAAAGUUUGCAUUGCGGUGCCCACCUUUUAUGGCCUCUGCCGCCUGCACCUGGAGGAUCCGGGCGGUUGCGGCGUUGAAAUAGUCUGACUUUCUGAAUGUUUGGCCCUUGUGCUUCCGUUUGUUGGCUCCGGUGGGCGUUCCAUAAAUAGUGAGCUGAGACAAACCUCCAUUCAUGAUUCAUGGUCUGUGGAUCUGCCGUUUUGUGUUUUCAAGCCUAAUAACGGCAGGCACGGUUACAUGCUUGCCUGUCUCUGAAUUUUGUUGCUGGCACGCGUGUUCCCUGCUGCACAUGUUGCCAUUGGAGAUGACAUGAGUUUAGCAGGCGAUCUGUACUUAUGGUGUGAUGAUCAUUGACAUGAGUUUAUGCUCCUAGACAAUCGUGGGCUCAAUCCCUUUUGUUGUGAUGAUCAUUGACCAAAUGUUCUGAGGAACCUGUGUAAUUGGUUGUCCAAUAUGCUCGUGCCUGUUCAUCCUUCA